UGAAUCCCAUACAACAUGCGAAAAAACAAACAAACAUUGAAACCAUUGUUCUUUUUGUUUCAGGGGGACGCCUACACAGAAAAGGGUCUGGAGAUGAGAAAGCUGGUUCUGUCUGGGUUCCUAGCCAGUGAAGAGAUUUACAUCAACCAGCUGGAAGCCUUGCUCUUGCCGAUGAGACCCCUGAAGGCGACUGCCACAACAUCUCAGCCCGUUUUGACCAUUCAACAGAUAGAGACAAUCUUUUACAAAAUCCAGGACAUUUUUGAGAUACACAAGGAAUUUUACGACAACCUCUAUCCUAAUAUUCAGCAGUGGGACAACAAUCUGACCGUGGGACACCUCUUUCAAAAGCUGGCCAGCCAGCUUGGUGUGUACAAAGCAUUUGUGGAUAACUACAAAGUUGCCGUGGAGACAGCUGAGAAAUGUAGCCAGGCAAACAAUCAGUUUCAGAAGAUUUCAGAGAACCUCAAAGUAAAGGGCCCUAAGGAUUCUAAGGACUGCACCACCUCAGUCACAAUGGAAGCUUUGUUGUACAAACCCAUUGAUCGGGUCACAAGGAGCACGCUUGUUCUUCACGACCUCCUGAAGCACACUCCGACAGACCACCCGGACUACCCCUUGCUGCAGGAUGCUCUCCGGAUCUCCCAGAACUUCCUGUCCAGUAUCAACGAGGAAAUCGACCCCCGCAGGACGGCUGUCACCACACCAAAGGGAGAGGCCCGGCAGCUGGUGAAGGAUGGCUUCCUGGUGGAGCUGUCGGAGGGGACGAGGAAGGUACGCCAUGUCUUCCUCUUCACUGACCUCCUCCUCUGUGCCAAAAUGAAGAAGACCGCAGUGGGGAAACAGCAGCAGUAUGACUGCAAGUGGUACAUUCCCCUGGCGGACCUGACUUUCCAGACCCUGGACGAGUCAGACGCCUCCCCCCACAUCCACACUAUGCCAGAGCAUGAGAUCGAGGAGAUGAAGAUGAAGAUUUCAUGUAUCAAGAGCGAGAUUCAGAAAGAGAAGAAAGCAUCCAAGGGCCAGAGCAGAGCUGUGGAUCGCCUGAAAAAGAAGAUGUUCGAGCAGGAAUCCUAUUUAUUGCUGCACUCUCCCACCAUCCCCUUCAGAAUUCACAACAUACAUGGAAAGAGCUACUUGUUCCUUCUGUCGUCUGAUUACGAGAGAUCAGAGUGGAGAGAGGCCAUUCAGAGACUGCAGAAGAAGGAUCUCCAAGCCUGUGUGUUGAGCUCCGUGGAGCUGCAGGUUCUUACAGGGUCCUGUUUCAAGUUAAGGACAGUUCACAACAUCCCUGUUACCAGCAAUAAAGAUGAUCACGAAUCGCCUGGGCUGUAUGGAUUCCUGCACGUGAUUGUCCACUCAGCCAAAGGGUUUAAAGAAUCAGCAAACCUGUACUGCACGCUGGAAGUGGAUUCCUUUGGGUACUUUGUCAGCAAAGCGAAGACCAGAGUAUUCCGGGACACCACCGAACCUCAGUGGAACGAGGAAUUUGAGAUUGAGUUGGAGGGUUCCCAGUGCUUACGGAUCCUGUGCUACGAAACGUGUUAUGACAAGUCCAAGUUAAGCAAGGACGACAACGAGAUUGUAGACAAAAUCAUGGGCAAGUGGCAGGUUCAGGUAAGCACGGUGCAGUCCUAUUCUGUUCACUGGGGGGGGGGGAUCGCUAGUGCUUGACAUUUUUGAGUGGGA